UGCAACUGCUCUUAGGGACAAUUUCCUGGAGCUUCUAGAGAAUAAAAGAGCUGUCCCAGCCACUACCGUGCUGCAGCUAUCUGUGCUGGCAGUCACCCUGACCAGUGUGGAACAGCAUGGCAUACUCCCUCCUGCUUCAGCUCCAGGGUCUUCCUGUGGACACAGUGUCCUUGUGGCAGGUGGCUUAUCCCCGCUGUGAGCUCCCAUCUGCAGGGGCUGGAGCAGCCCUGGGUCAUCACCCUGGGUUGUCCCUGUGUUUGGGGCAAGCAGGAGGCUGAGAUGCGCUGCGCUGUGAGAGGGCUGCAGCUGGAUGGGAAUGGCCGCGGGUGCCGGCAGCGAGCAGGGCUGCGUGCCAGGGUUUGAGGCCUGGUGGGAGCUGACCUCAGACGGAAGCAGAGAGCCGGGGCGGAGCGUGGCUGAACUGCAGCUGGAAGAAGUAAGGCACGGUACAGGGUGCUGGGCCCUGUCCCAUAGGCCCUUGGCUGCCCCGCAGAGAGACUGUGGCCCUAAGGACCGCAUUUCCCAGGACCAGAUCCACCACGAGGUGCAGGAUUACUAUGGCAUAGAGCUGCAGAAGUCGGAGGACCUGAAAACCAAUGCUUGCAUCACACCAGCCAGGCCUGUUCCCAAGGCAGUGAGAGAUGCUCUGCAGCACGUCCACGAGGAGGUGGUGGCCAGGUACUACGGCUGCGGCCUGGCCAUCCCUGAGUGCCUGGCAUCCUGCCGGGUCCUGGACCUGGGCAGUGGCAGCGGCAGGGACUGCUACGUGCUGAGCCAGCUGGUGGGGGAGCAGGGCCACGUCACCGGCAUUGACAUGACCAAGGAACAGGUUGAGGUGGCGAAGAAGCACAUCGCCUAUCACAUGGAGAAGUUUGGCUACCAAAAGCCAAACGUGGACUUCCUCCAGGGAUACAUAGAGAACCUUGGUGAUGUUGGGCUGGCUGAUGAGAGCUAUGAUGUUGUCAUCUCCAACUGUGUGAUCAACCUCACUCCCGACAAGAGGGCUGUGCUACGGGAGGCCUACCGUGUGCUGAAGCCUGGAGGAGAGAUGUACUUCAGCGAUGUCUAUGCCAACCAGCACCUGAGUGAGGCCGUGCGGAAGCACAGGCUGCUAUGGGGAGAAUGCCUGGCAGGAGCCCUGUUCUGGGGAGACUUGUACAGCAUUGCCAAGGAGGUGGGUUUCAGCCCCCCAUGCCUCGUCACUGCCAGUCCCAUCUCUGUUGGAAACAAGGAGCUGGAGGCCAUCAUUGGUGACUGCUGCUUCGUCUCUGCCACGUUCCGGCUCUUCAAGGUGCCAGAGAGCAGCCAGGCCGGGCCAGGCCAGGUCAUCUACAAUGGUGGGAUUGUGGGGCACGAGCAAGAGCUAGUGUUCGAUGCCAACUUCACCUUCAAGGUACGGGGAGGCACAUUUGGGCUCCCAAGGAUGGCACUAUGGAAGGUUCAGGAAGGAGAUGUGGUGGAUGUGGAUGCUGAGAUGGCUGCAAUACUGCGGAGCUCCAGGUUUGCAGAGGAGUUCCUGAUCCGGGCUGGUGGGAAUGAUGCUGCCGCACCGCAAGGCUGCUGUCCUGGGAAGAUGAAGGAGAAGAUCUGUGACCCCUUCCUGCUGCUGGAGCAGCGGGCCACCCCGGCUCCUGCCUGCGGUGCUGCCAGGACCUGCGGGGCGCAGGGCUGCUGCUGAGUGGAGAGCGAUGUCCCCACAUCGCUGAGUGCCUUGGGGCUGCGGCUUCACCGGAGAGAAAAUAGAAGUAAAUGGUUGAGCUGUGUGGCUGA